AUGGCCGGUGGCAAGGUUAAGACUCCUGCGAAAUCUCAAGGUAAAGAUAUUCGAGGAUUCUUCGGUGGAGGCAGUCAGGCUGCACCUGCUGCGACCGCGUCUUCUGGGCGAGCUUCGAAAUCGGAUGGAAGUUCAGUUCAAAACACUGCAAGAAAGAUGGAGGAGAGACAUGUAUCGCAGAAUAACCCGCAUCGAAGUCAUUCAGCCCGACCUAUCGAGAUUAGCGAUGAAGAUGAUAGCAAGGUGAAGAAGAUCUCGAAAUCACCCCAUCCGAGGGCGACUGAAGUGCCGAAGAGCCAGCGGGUCAUGGAGGAAGACGAUAUUAGCCCUCGUCCCGUGCGGAAGCGCAAGGCUGUUCUGCUCUCCAGCGAUGACGAAGACGCCGAUAUGAAAACGACUUCUCCGCCAAAGAAGAAAGCUGCAGUCGCGACAUAUUCCUCUCCGCAAGCCAGUAGCAGCAAAGUAGUAGCAGCAGCACCCAAAGCGAAAUCCAGCACGAAGGGGGCUGUAUCUCGGAACGUUCAUGCAGGCGGCAAGACACCCAAGAAGAAGCGGAAAGAUGAUGAUUUUAUAGCGUCUAGUUCUGAGGAUGAAGAUGAAGACUACGUUGUGGACGAGGAAGAGGAGCCCCCCAAGAGAGCUCAAGCAAAGAGUAAAGCUCAGAAGAAAGCGCCGACGAAAGAAGCCCUUGCUGGCAAGAGCCAUGAGAAUGACGAUGAAGUCGUUGACGAAGAGAAUCCGAAGCCGAAGUUCAACUGGGCAGCAGCAAGGGCUGCGAAGAUGGCAGGGCCCGUUGCCCCAGGCUCCAAGUCAGUUCCUCAACCGGCGGCACCAGAUUGUCUCGCAGGGUUGGCAUUCGUUUUCACGGGUGAACUGACUAGUUUCUCUCGCGAGGAGGCCAUAGAACUAGCUAAACGCAAUGGCGGCCGUGUGACCUUGCAACCGUCAUCUAAAACUUCGUAUGUCAUCCUCGGUUCGGAUGCCGGGCCUAGCAAACUCGCCGCGAUCAAGAAGAACAAUUUGAAGACACUGGAUGAAGAUGGUUUCCUUAAUCUGAUUGCCACACGUGUGCCUGACGCAAGCAAGCUGGAUGAUAAGACGAAAAAGAAGCGGGAAAAAGAGAAGGAAGCCAUCCGUACAGCUGCUGCUGAGAUGGAGAAGAGGGAGAAGAAGGCAAUGAGGGAGAGUGGUGGGACGAAUGCAAGUAUGAAGCAAGCCGUUACAAAUCAAUUGUGGACGGAUCGAUAUGCUCCUCAAACGGUCAAGGAGAUCUGCGGCAACAAAGGGCCGUCGAGUUUAAAGUCUAGCUUCAAGAAACCAGGGAAGGAUGGUAUGAAUGUGUUCCGUGCUGUGCUCAUCACAGGACCGCCGGGCAUUGGCAAGACUACAAGCGCCCAUAUGUGUGCAAAGCUUGAGGGCUUCACUCCGAUCGAAUUGAAUGCCAGUGAUGCACGCAGCAAGAAACUUGUUGAGAAUAGUACAAAUAUUGCCAACACAUCGCUGGAUGGGUGGAUGACAGGCGGGACGGCCACGAAUGCCGCCGGCGUGACAAUCACAGACAAGACAUGUCUGAUCAUGGACGAGGUCGACGGUAUGUCUGCCGGGGACAGAGGAGGCGUGGGUGCUCUAUCGGCGCUUAUUCGAAAAACUAAAAUUCCAAUCAUCUGUAUUGCGAAUGAUCGAGGCGCGCUGAAACUCAAGCCUUUGGCGAAUGUUGCUUUCAACCUGACGUAUCGAAAACCAGAAGUGAACGCUAUCCGCUCGAGGAUACUCAGUAUUGCCUUCAAAGAGAAAAUGAAAGUACCAGCUAACGUGAUAGAUCAGCUGAUUGAAGGGGCACAAUCGGACAUUCGCCAAGUCCUAAACAUGCUUUCAACUUGGAAGCUAUCCAGUGAUACAAUGGAUUUUGACGAAGGCAAAGCACUCGCAAAGAUGAAUGAGAAGUACGCGAUCAUGACGCCGUUCAACGUCACCAACAAACUUCUUGGUCCUUACCUGUUUUCUCCAACUGCCCGAGAGACACUCAAUGACAAGAUGGAGCUUUACUUCCACGAUCAUUCGUUCAUCCCCCUCUUCAUACAGCCCACUGUAUCACAGGAGAAUUAUCUAAAGACACAGCCUACAAAAGUGAAGACUCUAGAAGGACCCGAGAAAAUUUUGAGACAACUGUCUCUCAUGGACAAGGCUGCAUCAUCCUUAUCAGAUGGGGAUCUUGUUGACUCGCUAAUCCAUGGGCCUGAACAACAUUGGUCCUUGAUGCCGUUGCAUGCCGUGUGUUCCACCGUUCGCCCAGCAUCGUUCUUGUACGGCAUGGGUAUAGGAUACGCUGGGCCCAAUGCCAUGUCAUUCCCUCAGUGGCUUGGUCAAAACUCCAAGCAGACUAAACUGACACGACAAUUAACGGAAGUGCAGGCUCGUAUGCGGAUCAAGGUAUCUGGCGACAAAUCCGAGAUUCGGCAGUCGUACAUCCCGGCAUUGUUCCCACACGUCGUCAAACCACUCAUAGAACAGGGCGCGAGUGCGGUGGAUGAGGUCAUUGGCCGCAUGGACGAGUAUUUUAUUUCCCGAGAGGACUGGGACACAAUUAUCGAGCUUGGUGUGGACCAGAACAAGGACGAUCUUGUGCUGAAGAAGAUCUCGACCGCCACGAAGACGUCUUUCACCAAAAAGUACAACUCAAGGGACCAUCCUAUUCCGUUCCACAAGGCACAAGACCUGGGCAAGAUACCGAAGAAGCUUGCUGCUGCGGGCCCGAUGCCGGAUCUCGAGGAGGCAAUAGAUGUCGACGAUGAGGCAGAGGAUAUUAUCGACGAGCCCGAGGUCUCAGACAAUGAUAUAGCGCGCGACAGUUUGAUCAAGGCACCAAAGAAGAGCAGAGGUGCUGCCAGGACCUCUGCGCCCGCUAAGGGCAAAGCUUAG